AUGCUCGGCCGUCUCUUCUCUACCGCCAACUCCACCACUACCUCCCCCGGCGGCACCCGCCCCUCUACCGCCGCCCUCCCCGACACAGAAGAACUCCACACCCGCGCCCUUCUCUACCCGGACCUCCUCACACCCUCCUCCUCCUUCACCUCCUGCCUCAGCCUCUCGCACACCCACUCACAUACCUCCAGCACACAUGCAGAACCCCCGACAAUCGACCUUGACGCCGCCCGCGACGUGCGCGUCAUCAUCGCGCAGGACGCCUCGGCCUCGGAACACAAGUGCGCUCUCUACGACUCCAAACCUUCGUCAGAACCGCCAUCCUACAGUGCCGCCACCGCUGCCGACGACGCCAGCCCGCUGUCCCCCUCUAUCGGCGCAUCGCAGUACAACCGCUCGCGCCGGCGCCCGCCGUCAGCGCAGUACUACAGCAAUGCGACAUGCCUGAGCUCCUCCGGCGGCGACAGAGGCGCUGGUGGUAGUGGUGGUGGUAUGGGUAUUGGCGGUGGUGGCAGCGCGGAAGAUGAGAUGAGGGUGCUGACAGACUGCAUGUUUGGGUCGGCGCCGCUGGCGUAUAAAGGACCGUCGACGAAGGUGCAUAUUCUGCCGGAUAAUGUGGAGGAGAAGAAAGUGCCGCGGAGGGGAUCGAGGGCGCCGUCGUUUAGUACGGCAUAUGCCGCGCAACAGCAGCAGCUGCAGCAGGAUGUGACGACAGCAACGUCGGCGUCGACGACGUCGCAACAGCAUCAUUCUGCUGCACAAAGUCAGCAGAAGGAGAAGCGAAAGUCAGUGCUCAUCACGAGGCUGUUUUCCGUGGUGAUUCCGCCGACUCCGCCGAUGACGACGUAUACAGCUGCGGUGUCGAGGGAUCAUACUCCGACGCCGGCGAGCUCGUUGGGGUCUAGUCAUGGCUUUCCGUUUCCGAAGAUGACGGCGAAUGGAGGGGCUGCGCCAACGACGCCAGCUGGUGCCGGAGGUGCGGGCGUAAAGUUCGUGAAGCCGCCAAAAACGUCAAUGUAUGCCGUCGGCGUGAUCAUUUCCCUCCCGCAGCCACCACCACCACCAGUACAGCAGCAAUCGUAUUCAUGCGGGUCCGCAGGGUCCUCCAUGAACCGGUGCUGCUGCCAGUCACUGCCGUUCGGCGCAUUCGAUGGCGGCGAGUUCUGCUGUAAUACGCCGCCCUCGUUUGAAGAGGACUACCAGCCGCCGUCUAUGGCCGACCGGAGCAGUGGGUUUGCAGACGACUUCCUGCUGCCGCCGUCGGGCGCCGAUGAUCGGAUGGACCUGGUUACUAAGCACUGGGACGUCAUCAAUCGGGCGUUAUCGGAUCUGCAGCGCGUCGCGCAGGUGCGGAUCUUGGAGCAUCUGAACCACCAGGGCGGCGCCGGCGGGACACCCACCGCAUCAUGCCAGAACGGAUACAAGUACCGCAAGAAGGCCGAGCUGCGCCAAGGCACGCUGAUGCGAGACGAUGUUGUGCGCAAGGAGGUUGAGCGGCUGCGGUGGCGGAUCGUCGCAGGCAUCAGGACACCCCGCGUCAUUACCGGACAGGGCAAAUGGGCCGUGUGGAAGGACGAGGCAAAGUGGGCCAAUGCCCGGUUUGGGGGGAGAGACAUGAACUUCUUUUUCCUCACGCUGCUGACGGCCUUUCUGGGCCACCAUACCGAGUGGCUGGAUGUGCUGGGCCCGGCGCAGUACCGGCUGCGGCACCAGCAGCAGCAGAAGGCUACGGCCAGCGGCGACGAGUGCGGGAUUCCGACGAGGACUGUGCUGCUGGCGACGGACAAGAUGGCGGCGCGGCGGCUGAUCUAUCUGCUGUCGGCGUUCCUGCCGUCAAAGUCAUUGCCACAAUGGGGUGAGGGCCUGGUCCCGCCACCGUCACGGACAGACUCGAUGAACUAUCUCUCGCAGUCUCCUCCAGUCUCUUCCUCUUCUGGUACAGGAAAGAAGAGCUCCCUCCGCAAGAAGGCAAAGAAGAAGCCUAGCAAGCUCAGCAUGGUCACUGGUGAGGAGGACGAGACCCUCGCGUCUGCUGUGGUUGGCUGGGACAUUCCGGCACCGCACGGCGUUGAGCAGCCCCCUACACCGGCACAGCUGCCACUCACACACCCUAACGCUGCCAGCGCCGCGCUCAAGAAGCCGAUGCUGCCCACGGCCGCCGUCAUCCCCACCAAUGCGCCGGCAUCAAGCCCGCAGAAGAUACUCGUGCGGCCCGGGAGCAGCAGCAGCGUCGCCAGCCUGAACCUCAUGAACACGCUCAAGCGCACCGGCACGGCCAACACCAGCGCCGACUCGUCCGGCAGCUUCCUCAGCUUCCUCUCCUUCUGGAGCAACGCCCGCACGGGGUCCACAGCGCCCAGCGAGACAAGCACACAGCCAGACGAGCAGCAGCCCUGCCACCACAACGCAGCUAUUAAGAUCUGCGGCAGCAGCGAUGACUUCCCCCGCAGCGGCCUCUACCUCGACGACGAGGACCUUGCCCAUCAUACCCACCACCACCACAAGCACAUCCACCACAUCCCGCCCCCGCCUCCACUGCACGCCUACGGCCUCGUCGAGAAUGAGGUCCGCAUCUCCGUCGACGAGAGCGAUGGCAUUGUCGACGUCGACAUCCCGAUGCCGCCCAUGCACAUGCUCGACUUUGGCGCCGCAGGCACCACCUUCACUUCACCCAUCAGCAGCCCGUCCAGCGGCGGCGGCUGGCCCCAGUCCCUCAUGGACACGGGCCUCAUGCGCUCAAACAGCAUGAGCUUCUCCAGCGCCAUGUUGAUGCCCAGCUUCAUGCCCGACCACGACGACAGCGGCCUCAAUGUGGCGGGCUGGAUGGACGACGAGCUCUUCCACCCGGACUUUGCCCUGCAGGCCGUCAAGCCCUACCCAGACAUCGAGGAGGACAUCAAGCGUGCCAUGCGCGCAGAGCCCACGCCGUCCCACACUGCCGCAACCACAGGGAUCACGCCCUCGUCCGAGAGCGGCGAUGGAAAGUGGACCACCGUGUGCUCAGUGCUCAUCGCGGACACCAAGAAGCUGCAGAUCAAGCGGCUACGGCUGCGGCGGCGGCGCGCUGCAAAAGCGGGAGCUGCGGCUGCGGCAGCAACGGUCACAACGGCGGCGGGGGUGCAGGCAUCGCCGCUCCCGAGUGCGCUGGGGGCGCACCGGCAUCUGCAUCCGGCGGUUGUGGCGCCGCAGCAGGAGGAGGAGGAGGGCGAGGAGGAGGAGGUGAUGGAGGAGGAGGUGGUGUGCGAUGUUGAUGACGUGCUGGCGACGGCCGUGGAGAGGGUCAUUGGCGCGGCGGGCCACGAGGAGGAGGAGGAGAAUGUCGGCGUGCAGGUGUGCAAGUGCAUGGUCCUGGGCGCGCUCGAGAAUGUGGUCAAGGCCGUGGCCGUGGGCAGGGGAAGCGUCGUGGGGAAUGUGUUGACGGAGGGGGUGGCCAAGUGGUUGAGUGAGGUUGAGGAGUCGGCGGCGGCGGCGGCGGCGGUUUGA